CUGUCCGCUGCUAAAACGACAGCGCUUUGAGGCGGAAGGAGACCACUGGCCCCUCACCCAUACCAUCCCGUACGUUGUGAUAGAUGAGAAUCAGGAGAGUGCAACAAAAUGAAGGGGGAUGGCCUAAUGUCCAUGGAGGAUCGAGAUUCUUCCCGAUUAUAAUUGAGUAUGCUUCAAGGUCAGAUGCCUCAAUGAAUAAAUGGUAGUGUACUUGGGAUCCAUCACGGUUGCAGCAACGAACUUCUACCCUCCAAACAAUGCCCUAUCUGGACAUGGAUUUUCUUGGAGUUUUUCGGGUAAUUUCUCUAGCCAUAUCAAAGGACAAUUCGAGGAUAUCUAUGAAGGUGGAUGGAUGGAGUACUGCUUCGAGGAUCAGUGUGUUGCAUAUCUGUCCAUCACUUCGGUGUUGAGAAAAACACUCAUCAUGGAUGCAGAAUUGAACUGAAAGGGUGGUAUAUGAGGACAAGCAGGGGAAAAAGUUACCGGUUUAGUGGCUCCUUUUGGGGAUCAUUCCAAAAAUGAAUUGAUUUGCUAAUU